AGUGGGGUGAGUUUCGUUGCCCGCUUCCAUUAUGGGCAGAAGGUCUGGUAGUUAUGGAAGAGUCUUCUCCUAUUUCUUGCUUUCAUGUGUUAGUUGUGGAUGACUGCCCGAUUGAUCGUAAAAUCAUUGAGAAGCUGCUUCUCAAAAAUGACAUGUUCAAAGUUACUAUCGUUGAUAGUGGAAAGAGGGCUAUGGAGGUUCUUGGCUUGAAUGAAGAGAAGCCCAAAUCUCCAAAUGUUAAUGAGUUCAAAAUCGAUAAAAUCCUUACUGACUAUUGUAUGCAUGGGAUGAAUGGCUAUGACCUUCUCAAAGUUGUCAAGGAACACGACUGCCUAAAAUUUGUGCCCGUCGUCAUAAUGUCAUCCGAAAACAACCCACAGAUAAUCACUAGGUGCCAUGCCACUGGAGCUAAGGAUUUUAUACUGAAGCCACUUCGCAUAAGUGACAUACAAAGGCUGAGGAACUAAGUCGGGUCACUAGCUUCAGCAUCCAAAAUGGGCACGAAGAGAAAAGUGCCACUUGAUAUAAUACUAAAGAGUAACGGAU